AUGGACCUGCCGCAAGGUUCAAAUGGGCCAAUUACGAGUGCCCAGCGAGAAGAAAUCAUGGGAGCAGUCAAGCAACAAAUUGCGAUUGCGAAUACCCAGGAACUUCUCACGAAAAUGUCGGACAAAUGUUUCCAUAAGUGCAUAACGAAACCCGGAACCUCGUUGGACUCUUCAGAGCAAGUAAGCAUAAUGUAA